AUGGCUAUUAAAGAUAUCAUAAGCGGAAGAAACUGUCAAGAAGCAAAGACUGACGAAUUUACCUUGAUAAACGUGACAAUCGGUGCUGCUAUUAGCGUUUUCGAAUUUUCGUUAAAGUAUUUUAAAGUUUUACUAUUGAUUUCAAUUUUAUUUGUUGUUAUAUAUAUUUUCUACAAAGCGUACUGUAGUCCCGUAUUUUACUCUAAGGAAUUGUCAGACGUAGGUUUUAAUCAUUUACCGAAGGGUAAAGACAGAACAUUACACGUUAUAAGCGCGCAGAAAGCACGGAGAUUUGGAACUAAAUUACCCCCUCCUUAUCCAAACGGGUGGUUUUCCCUGGUGGAAAGCAGAGAUUUAAGAGUUGGUGGCGUGGUGGCGGUUGAUGCGUUAGGUCUGAAUCUCUGCGUCUACAGAGGCGAAGAUGGGACAGUGCGUGUAGUGGAUGCGUAUUGUCCCCAUUUGGGUGCAAAUUUAGCAAUAGGGGGUACGGUCUGCGGUAAUUGUAUCGAGUGUCCCUUCCACCAGUGGAAGUUUGGAGAAAAUGGUCAAUGCGUCAGCAUACCUAACACGAGUACAGUGCCAAAAGGCAUAUCAAUAAAGACAUACCUAUCAAUGGAGGUAGAUGGUUCUGUGUGGAUCUGGUACGACGCUGAAGGUCGACAUCCUCUGUGGACUGUUGAGGAGUUAGAGGAAACAAAGAAUUGGGGAUACCGAGGCAGAAAUGAGUUCUAUGUAAAUGCUCAUAUUCAAGAGAUUCCAGAAAAUGGUGCAGACGUGGCUCAUCUGAACGCAGUACACAACGUCUCUUUACUGACUGACGUCGGAUAUAAAUAUCCAGUUUUAGAAAAUAUUAUUGGUCAUCAUAAUUGGAGCGCAGAGUGGUCUAAGGGCGAAGCGGAUCAUUUGGCUCAAAUAAAAAUCGCUCAACAAUACUUAAUAAUGAAGUUUGAUAUCUUCCCCAUCGACGUUACCGUAAAUCAGAUAGGACCAGCUCAUGUGCGUCUCCGCUUCUCCUGCCCGCUGGGUCCUAUGAUGGUGAUACAGUCCGUCACUCCAAUGUCUCCGCUGUUACAGAAAGUUGUACAUCGCGUGUACUCACCUAACUAUAACGCGGUUGUUGGCGCUUCUUUAGUAAGAUUCGAGGCUUAUCAAUUCGAGAGAGACGUGGCUAUAUGGAAUAAUAAGCGAUACGUCAGCUCACCCGUUUACGUCAAAAGUGAUAAAGCUAUUCGCUCAUUUAGGACGUGGUUUUCACAGUUUUACAGCGAAAAGAGCUUAUCAAUGAGAGAUGCUUUGCAGAAUUCGCUCGAUUGGUAA